UACCCUUCCGUGAGUAUACCUCCCUGAGUAUACCUCCCUGAGUAUAUCUCCCUGAGUAUACCUCCCUGAGUAUACCUCCCUGAGUAUAUCUCCCUGAGUAUACCUCCCUGAGUAUACCUCCCUGAGUAUAUCUCCCUGAGUAUAUCUCCCUGAGUAUACCUCCCUGAGUAUACCUCCCUGAGUAUACCUCCCUGAGUAUAUCUCCCCGAGUAUAUCUCCCCGAGUAUAUCUCCCUGAGUAUACCUCCCUGAGUAUACCUCCCUGAGUAUACCUCCCUGAGUAUACCUUCCGUGAGUAUAUCUCCCUGAGUAUACCUCCCUGAGUAUACCUCCCUGAGUAUACCUUCCGUGAGUAUAUCUCCCUGAGUAUACCUCCCUGAGUAUACCUCCCUGAGUAUACCUUAGCGUUCUUAAGUGACUUUUACAGUGACCCCCACUUACACCACAACAGUGAAAGUGAUUAGAUAACUUUAUUCACCGCAAGGUUUCACUGUUAUUUAAUCUGAAGGUUUCCUAGCCUAGCCAGGCUUCCAGCCUCGUUAUAUAUACCGUCUGGAGGGAUAUAUAUAUACCUCAGUAUAAGUGUCUUUGCAGUGCUGCCCACUGCAGUGAAAGUUUCUUAAUUAACAAAUUCCUCCCAUUAAGUUCCACUGAAAUUAAAUUUAGAGGCUUCCUAGCCAAGCCAGGCUAAUAUAUACCUCAUAUAUACCGUCUAGAGGGAUAUACACCUCAGUGUCUUUACAGUGCCCACUGCAGUGAACGUGCUUAAAUUAACCAAUUUCACCCACUUAGGUUCCACUGAAAUUAAAUUUAGAGGCUUCCUAGCCAAGCCAGGCUAAUAUAUACCUCAUAUAUACCGUCUAGAGGGAUAUACACCUCAGUGUCUUUACAGUGCCCACUGCAGUGAACGUGCUUAAAUUAACCAAUUUCACCCACUUAGGUUCCACUGAAAUUAAAUAUUUUAGGUAUAAUAGCCUCGCCAGGGUAACAUAUUCCUGAUAUAUACCCCCCUAGAGGGAUAUAUACUGGGUGUAGGUAUACACCCAGGUUAGAGGGAGGAUGACUGUACCUCAGCACGAGACACAGCCAAGAAAGGGAGAUAUGGAGGGACAGGAAGACGGUAAUAUAGUCAAAAGUAUGGGCAGUCCUCCUGAUGGUGGAUGGGGAUGGAUGGUCGUAUUUGCUUCCUUCAUGAUACAUGUGUUGGCCGACGGCUUCACCUACACCUUUGGAAUCUACUUUGUACAGCUGGUGCUGUACUACGACGCCUCAGCUGCUGCCACCUCCUGGAUAGCAUCUAUCCUUGUAGGUGUUACUCUAGGUUCAGGUCCCAUCGCUGGCAUGCUAGUCAACAAGUUUGGGUGUCGGAUAGUAACUAUCAUGGGUGCACUACUAGCAUCACUAGCACUAUUCCUCUCUAUCUUCGCACCUAACGUAGAGACUCUCUAUGUUACUAUUGGCCUAGGUGCAGGUCUUGGGUUUGGCUUGAUAUAUCUGCCAGGGAUUAUCAUUCUUAAUCAUUAUUUGAUUCCUCCCAUACACUCCACCCAUGCCUGGGAUUCCUCCCGUAUACUCCACCCAUGCUCAGGAUUCCUCCCAUACACUCCCACAUCAGUCAGACGUGCCACCAACUUCACCAAUCUCCCUCAGAUCAAUGAGCUGAGUUGGCAGAACUCUCUGAUCAUUAUCUCUGGCAUCAUGCUCAACUGUGUGGUUUUUGGUGCAAUGUUCCGACCGCUGGAGGACAACAACCUGGCAGAUCACAACAAUGAGUUGAACCUGCAGGAACUGCCUGCCCCUGAGGGUCUACCUCUCAACCACUUACCUAAGAUCAAGAUCGCAGGAGACGAACUAAAGAAAAACUUCAGCGUGCAAACCCUGGUCCGCCAGAGCUACAACUGUGACAGCAUCCAGCGCAUCAGUUCCCAUGGCAACAUGGGGUCCGCUCUUAUACAACAUGAAGAACACAGACGAUGCUACCAGGAUGGCCCAGUCCACAGCCUUGUAAGCUUAAUUGUACUGCCAGUGCCCGAAAAUCACGGACAUUUGAUGUCACUGGGGAGCGGACGAUUGCAGGCAGGUAAGACCGGAAGUCUUCCUUCGUCACAUCAUGGUUCUGGCCUCCUAUACCGCAAGGAUAUAUUUUACAGGGGAUCUCUACUUAACAUCCCAGAAUACAAGCAGGAUCCUGGCAGCUACAGAGCUUCAAUGGUUCGUCUUCCCAACACUGAAAAAACGCCCAGUGAGCUGGAGACAGCUAAGGUGUGUGGGUGCGCGCCAUGCUCAAGGGAGACCAGAGACGCCAUGACCAGCUUAAUGGACUGGGGGCUCCUCACAGAUGGCAUCUUCAUACUCUUUGCCAUCUCAAACUUCUGUACGUCCAUUGGCUUCAACGCUCCGUAUAUAUUCAUAGUCGUAACAUCUUUUCUUAGUGGCCGUGUGGUAUAUCAACCAGUGAGUCGAAUCUUCCUGGGGUAUAUAUCAGACCAGGCAUGGGUGAAUCGACUCUACCUGUACAAUGCAUCUCUCACUCUGUGUGGCAUCGGAACCUGCAUCAGUAUAUGGUUCAACAGCUACGCGUUGCAAAUAUUAUAUGCAGUGGUGUUCGGCUCUAUGUCUGGGGCCUACGUGGGACUGACCUCCGUGGUGCUGGUCGACCUGCUGGGCAUGGAACGACUGACGAAUGCCUUUGGUCUUCUGCUUAUGUUCCAGGGCAUUGCUUCGGUCAUUGGUCCCCCCAUGUGUGGUGCGUUGUUCGACGUGACAGACUCGUACCACUACAGCUUCCUAUUGGCCGGCAGUAUGAUCGCUGUGUCUGGCGUAAUGCUUUUCUUCAUCCCGUGUAUUUGGCGGGUACAAGCCAGAAAGCUGGCCAAACAGGCCUCCCUCAGUGCCUAGGUGAUUAUCCGGGGCGGUCAAGGCUAUUGAAGGUUAUCCAGAAAGGACAAUGUGUCGGAGGUUAUCCUGAAGGGACAGUGUAUUAGAGGUUAUCCAGAAGUGACAUUGUAUCGGAGGUUAUCCGGAAGUGACACUGUAUUGGAAAUUAUCUGGAAGUGAUGAAUGAUGUAGUGGAUGUUCUGAUAUCCUGGGGGAUAUAAUCUAAUAAUCCAAUAUAGGAUAUCCUGGGUGACAUAAUCUGGUUAUCCAAUGUAAUAUGUCCCUGAACAUUGUAAACAAUACAUCAACUCGAAUAUAACAGAUUCAGAUAUUUUAUACACCGGAUAAUUUUUAAACUAAAAUAAUAUUUAAAAAAGAAUAUUACAGCCUAUAUUGAUGGAAUUGUAAUAAAAACCUUGGUUUUGAUCCUAGGGAAGGGAGUGGUUCUUGGGUUGAUCAGAUUGAGAGAGGGACGCGUGUGGUAUGUGUUAGAAUGUGUACAGUUAUGUUUGUGGAGUGGUACUUGUUUUGUAUGUGUUUUAAGACCUGUGUUUGGUACUGUGGGUGUUACAUACCUCUGUGAGGUACCUACCUACUGUGUAGGUACUGAUCAAUAUUAUAUUGUGUAGGUACUGAUCAAUAUUGUAUUGUGUACCAUUAAGUGACUGGUAUAGGUACUGAUCAAUAUUGUACUGUGUACCAUUAAGUGACUGGUAUAGGUACUGAUCAAUAUUGUAUUGUAUAUUCUUAACAGUGAGUGACUGGUGUAUGUACUGUUCAGUAUUGAACUGUGUACUGUUAACAGUGAGUGACUGGCAUACGUCCUAGUUCAGCAGUGAACAUUUUUAUUUUCCAAUUAUUUGUUCAUUAAGCAAAUCGUACCCGACACGCGUUCACUAAUCUACCAGGAACAAGAAUAUGCAAGACUGCGACGGUGUUGCUCCAGGCUUGCAACACCCACAUAUUCCAUCAUUAUGCAUAUCUCUGACAGCCUGCUACCCUCCAAGCACAGCUUGAGCCCUGGUCAACCAGGCUGUUGCUACUAGCAACCCACCGGUACUAAUAUCACAGUUAAGUACAUUGCUGCAUUUUAGUUCAUGUACAAGGUAGUACAGUGAGUCCUUGACUCACAAACAAGUUGAGAUUGUUUUGUAUUGUGUAUAAUAUUAUUUUAUACAAUACAGGAAGUCCACAAUGUGUUUGUAGCUGAGGACUUACUGUAUUAUGACUGUAACCUGAGAAUUUCCUGUACUCUGUAUAUGCUGGUUAAUAUGUGUGGAAAUAUUGCAUAUUUGGGGCGAAAUAUGUUACCCAGAGUGUACAAUAUUUUCGUAUAGUGACUUAAGGCUUUUUCAAUGCCAUUUUGGUAUUCUAGUUUAUAGUAAAUGCUUUUUAAUGGACCAGUAAUAGUAUCUUUUCUGUUUACAAUUAUUGGUUUAUUAGCCACUGAGAUAUACAGUGGUACCUCGGGAUACGAACUUAAUUUGUUCCAGAACGCUCUUCGAGUGGUGAUACCGAAUGAAUUUAUUCCCAAAAGGAAUAAUGUAAAUUCGAUUAAUCCAUUUCAGACCCCCAAAAAUACACUUACAGAAGCACUUACAUAAAUAUACUUACAUAAUUGUUUGAGUUUUGAACCCUUCAUAUCCCGAGGUACCACUGUAUUGUGUUUGAUAAGUACAGGGGCUUCUUGACUUACUAUGGGGUUACGUUCUGAUGAAUCCAUUGUAAGUCGAAAAUAUCAUACGUAGAAAAUAUCGUAAGUCAAAAAUGAAUACGAUAUGCUAAAUCAAUAAGUCAGUAAAUAACUACUAUCACUGAAUAAGUCAAUAAACAAAUUACUGUAACUAAGUUAAUACAGUAUUGAAAAGUCAAUAAAUGAAUACAAGUUAGGAACUUGCUGUCUUCAUGCUGGGUAAUUAUCUUAAGUUUCAUCUCCAAAGUAAUUGUUGCUGCACCAUUGUAAAGUUGAAAUAUUGUAAGUUGAACCAUUGUAAAGUUGAAAUAUUGUAACUAGAACCAUUGUAAAGUUGAAAUAUUGUAACUAGAACCAUUGUAAAGUUGAAAUAUUGUAAGUUGAACCAUUGUAAAGUUGAAAUAUUGUAAGUUGAACCACCGUAAAGUUGAAAUAUUGUAAGUUGAACCAUCGUAAAGUUGAAAUAUUGUAAGUUGAACCAUUGUAAAGGUGAAAUAUUGUAAGUUGAACCAUCGUAAAGUUGAAAUAUUGUAAGUUGAACCACCGUAAAGUUGAAAUAUUGUAAGUUGAACCAUUGUAAAGUUGAAAUAUUGUAAGUUGAACCAUUGUAAAGUUGAAAUAUUGUAAGUUGAACCACCGUAAAGUUGAAAUAUUGUAAGUUGAACCAUCGUAAAGUUGAAAUAUUGUAAGUUGAACCAUUGUAAAGGUGAAAUAUUGUAAGUUGAACCACCGUAAAGUUGAAAUAUUGUAAGUUGAACCAUCGUAAAGUUGAAAUAUUGUAAGUUGAACCAUCGUAAAGUUGAAAUAUUGUAAGUUGAACCACCGUAAAGUUGAAAUAUUGUAAGUAGAACCAUUGUAAAGCUGAAUUAUUGUAAGUAGAACCAUCGUAAAGCUGAAAUAUUGUAAGUAGAACCAUCGUAAAGCUGAAAUAUUGUAAGUCAAACCAUCGUAAAGUCAAGGUAGCUCAUGUUGUACCCCACGAACCCCCACAUUUAAAACUUGUACAGUACUUAAGUCACGUCUUGAUACGCUAAAGUAUACUAUAAGAAUCUUGUUAAUAAACCACGUAUGUUAGUAUAGCCUUAAGUAUAAACUAAGUACGAGCAUCUCAAUUACAGUUUUCUCGUAGCCAUACAAUGUCGGCUCCUCUUAUAUCUUCACUCUUAAUAUUUAACUAGCACAUAGUAUUUUUAUAUUUCUUGUUCCUAGGCAUUAAGUCAGUUCAAGGUUCAAGCGAAUGUUAGGUUUCGUAAUGUUCGAUAUAGAGUGGACCCCCGGUUAACGAUAUUUUUUCACUCCAGAAGUAUGUUCAAGUGCCAGUACUGACCGAAUUUGUUCCCAUAAAGAAUAUUGUGAAGUAGAUUAGUCCAUUUCAGACCCCCAAACAUACACGUACAAACGCACUUACAUAAAUACACUUACAUAAUUGGUCGCAUUUGGAGGUGAUCGUUAUGCGGGGGUCCACUGUAUUUGUUUCAGUCUUGUUUACUGUAUGCUUUUAGUAAGAUGGAGAUUUUGAUGUGUGAUUGAACUAGCCUUUUUUUUUUCCGUAUAGUUAGUGUGCGUGCCGUAUAGACUAUACGAUUAUAGGAUUUUGAGGGUUCAUAUAUCUGUUGGUUGUCUGAGACUCGCUUUGGGUCGUUAUAAUUGGGCUCUACGAGCUCUGCGCUUACUUGGCAUUUCGAGGUCGAUAAAUGAGAUACUUGUGUGGCAUUUGGGUAUCUUUGUUCUGGAAAGGUUUGGCCAGCCAGUAGCUUCUUCAGUCCAAUGCAGAAAAAGGUGGAAGACAAGGAGGAGUUUAAGGUGGUCAGUCCCUCAGGCUCAAGUCAGUGCAUUCAGUCUGUUUUGAUUGAUGGACUGAACACUCCAGUCAGUGGGAUUGAUCGCCUCAAACUCCUCCACAUCUUCCACCUUCAUUGGACUGAAGAAGCCACUGGCUGGCCAGACAUUAUCAGAAUAAAGAUAUUUAUAUUUUUCGCAAGCGUCUUGUUCAUCAACCUGUUGGUUUUCGAAACCAUGUAUUCACAUUUUGAGGUCAGUUCCUUCCAGUCGUGUGUUCCUUACCCGGCAACUCUACCUCAGCUACGCCUGGUCAGUAACUCUGACACGCCUUGCUUGACAAACGCUGCGUUUUAAAACAAUCUACCGUAUUUGCCGGCAUAUAACGCGCUUUUCUUCCCACAAAAAAUCAUGGGAAAUCAUCCUGCGUCUUACGUACUCAAGGUCAGGGUCAAGGUCAGGGUCAAGGUCAGGGUCAAGGUCAGGGUCAAGGUCAGGCUUUGUGCUAGGCUCUAGCAGUUGUUUACUGAUGUUAAAUUGUGAAUUUUAAAGAGGUGGAGAGGUAAGCUAGUGGAAGGCUUUGGUCAGAUGACCAAAAGCUCCAGCUCUGGGUCAUCAUAUAACUAAAACCCAUGUCAGGAAACAUUUGUCCUGUUUCCUGACAAACCUUAUAUUCUAAAAUUGUUACAACCAGUGACGGUCCUACAUUUUUGUGGCCCUGAAGUUUGAACUGUUAUGGGGGCCCUGAAGCUUGAACUGUUAUGGGGGGCCCUGAAGCUUGAAUUGUUAUGAGGUCCCUGAAGCUUGAACUGUUAUGGGGUCCCUGAAGCUUGAACUGUUAUAGGGUCCCUGAAGCUUGAACUGAUACAGGGUCCCUGAAGCUUGAACUAUUACAGGGUCCCUGAAGCUUGAACUGUUAUAGGGUCCCUGAAGCUUGAACUGUUACAGGGUCCCUGAAGCUUGAACUGUUACAGGGUCUCUGAAGCUUGAACUGUUACAGGGUCCCUGAAGCUUGAACUAUUACAGGGUCCCUGAAGCUUGAACUAUUACAGGGUCCCUGAAGCUUGAACUGUUAUAGGGUCCUUGAAGCUUGAACUGUUACAGGGUCCCUGAAGCUUGAACUGUUACAGGGUCCCUGAAGCUUGAACUGUUACAGGGUCCCUGAAGCUUGAACUAUUACAGGGUCCCUGAAGCUUGAACUAUUACAGGGUCCCUGAAGCUUGAACUAUUACAGGGUCCCUGAAGCUUGAACUGUUAUAGGGUCCCUGAAGCUUGAACUAUUACAGGGUCCCUGAAGCUUGAACUGUAACAGGGUCCCUGAAGCUUGAACUAUUACAGGGUCCCUGAAGCUUGAACUGUUACAGGGUCCCUGAAGCUUGAACUGUUACAGGGUCCCUGAAGCUUGAACUGUUACAGGGUCCCUGAAGCUUGAACUGUUACAGGGUCCCUGAAGCUUGAACUGUUACAGGGUCCCUGAAUCUUGAACUGUUACAGGGUCCCUGAAGCUUGAACUGUUACAGGGUCCCUGAAGCUUGAACUAUUACAGGGUCCCUGAAGCUUGAACUGUUACAGGGUCCCUGAAGCUUGAACUGUUACAGGGUCCCUGAAGCUUGAACUGUUACAGGGUCCCAGAAGCUUGAACUGUUACAGGGUCCCUGAAGCUUGAACUAUUACAGGGUCCCUGAAGCUUGAACUGUUACAGGGUCCCUGAAUCUUGAACUGUUACAGGGUCCCUGAAGCUUGAACUAUUACAGGGUCCCUGAAUCUUGAACUGUUACAGGGUCCCUGAAGCUUGAACUAUUACAGGGUCCCUGAAGCUUGAACUGUUACAGGGUCCCUGAAGCUUGAACUGUUACAGGGUCCCUGAAGCUGAGCUUUAUUACUUUCAUGGUAGAUCUGCCUCUGGUUACAACUGCUGAGAAACACAGUAUAACAUGUCUUGCAUAAUUGUGCGUCUAUAUGUCUUGUAUUCUCAUGCGUCUUAUGUGCCGGGAAAAUACGAUAAUUGAAAUUCAGUGGUUAAUUUAAGCACGGUUAACUUGCAUCAUUACCGUCAGUCAUAUCUAGAUUGACUAGAUGAUGUGACAAACCUGUGUGGGCCAUUGAACGCAGGAGUUGUGGGGGGACUUGAACCUCCAUCUGCUAAUCUUAAGGAACGAUCUAUCUAGCUGCGCUGUGCAGCCCUUUUGGGUUUAGCGCUUAUGAUUAUAAUUUAGCUACUCUAGCCUAACCACAUUGGCAAUGUGCAGCAUUGAUACUUCAAACCAGGACUCCUUAAAGCUUAAAGCAAAAUAUUUAAAGCAACAAUUUUAAUUCCUGUAUUUUGACUACUUUAUAGGGACCUAGCUUUAAUAAAUCAGCUCAUUGAGACUUAAAAUACACAAUUUUGAAAAUUUAUGUAAUGCUGAUGCAUUCAUAAAACAAAGUCGUCUUUUUUUUUAAGUAUGUAAAUAUAAUAUGGUAGUCCCCUUGUAUCCGUGGGUGAUGCCUUCCAAGAACUACCAUGGAUGUCAGAAACUCUGGAUAGUAGUGAACACUAUACAGUAGUGUCCUGGUAACCAUGGGUGAUACCUUCCAAGAACUACCAUGGAUGUCAGAAACUCUGGAUAGUAGUGAACACUAUACAGUAGUGUCCUGGUAUCCAUGGGUGAUACCUUCCAAGAACUACCAUGGAUGUCAGAAACUCUGGAUAGUAGUGAACACUAUACAGUAGUGUCCUGGUAACCAUGGAUGAUACCUUCCAAGAACUACCAUGGGUGUCAGAAACUCUGGAUAGUAGUGAACACUAUACAGUAGUGUCCUGGUAACCAUGGGUGAUACCUUCCAAGAACUACCAUGGAUGUCAGAAACUCUGGAUAGUAGUGAACACUAUACAGUAGUGUCCUGGUAACCAUGGAUGAUACCUUCCAAGAACUACCAUGGAUGUCAGAAACUCUGGAUAGUAGUGAACACUAUACAGUAGUGUCCUGGUAACCAUGGAUGAUACCUUCGAAGAACUACCAUGGAUGUCAGAAACUCUGGAUAGUAGUGAACACUAUACAGUAGUGUCCUGGUAACCAUGGAUGAUACCUUCCAAGAACUACCAUGGAUGUCAGAAACUCUGGAUAGUAGUGAACACUAUACAGUAGUGUCCUGGUAACCAUGGAUGAUACCUUCCAAGAACUACCAUGGAUGUCAGAAACUCUGGAUAGUAGUGAACACUAUACAGUAGUGUCCUGGUAACCAUGGAUGAUACCUUCCAAGAACUACCAUGGAUGACAGAAACCCUAGAUAGUAGUGAACACUAUACAGUAGUGUCCUGGUAACCAUGGAUGAUACCUUCCAAGAACUACCAUGGAUGUCAGAAACUUUGGAUAGUAGUGAACACUAUACAGUAGUGUCCUGGUAUCUGUGGGUGAUACCUUCCAAGAACUACCAUGGAUGUCAGAAACUCUGGAUAGUAGAGAACACUAUACAGUAGUGUCCUGGUAACCAUGGAUGAUACCUUCCAAGAACUACCAUGGAUGUCAGAAACUCUGGAUAGUAGAGAACACUAUACAGUAGUGUCCUGGUAACCAUGGAUGAUACCUUCCAAGAACUACCAUGGAUAUCAGAAACUCUGGAUAGUAGUGAACACUAUACAGUAGUGUCCUGGUAACCAUGGAUGAUACCUUCCAAGAACUACCAUGGAUGUCAGAAACUUUGGAUAGUAGUGAACACUAUACAGUAGUGUCCUGGUAUCUGUGGGUGAUACCUUCCAAGAACUACCAUGGAUGUCAGAAACUCUUGAUAGUAGUGAACACUAUACAGUAGUGUCCUGGUAUCUGUGGGUGAUACCUUCCAAGAACUACCAUGGAUGUCAGAAACUCUGGAUAGUAGAGAACACUAUACAGUAGUGUCCUGGUAUCCAUGGAUGAUACCUUCCAAGAACUACCAUGGAUGUCAGAAACUUUGGAUAGUAGAGAACACUAUACAGUAGUGUCCUGGUAUCUGUGGGUGAUACCUUCCAAGAACUACCAUGGAUGUCAGAAACUCUUGAUAGUAGUGAACACUAUACAGUAGUGUCCUGGUAUCAGUGGGUGAUACCUUCCAAGAACUACCAUGGAUGUCAGAAACUCUGGAUAGUAGAGAACACUAUACAGUAGUGUCCUGGUAACCAUGGAUGAUACCUUCCAAGAACUACCAUGGAUAUCAGAAACUCUGGAUAGUAGUGAACACUAUACAGUAGUGUCCUGGUAACCAUGGAUGAUACCUUCCAAGAACUACCAUGGAUGUCAGAAACUUUGGAUAGUAGUGAACACUAUACAGUAGUGUCCUGGUAACCAUGGAUGAUACCUUCCAAGAACUACCAUGGAUGUCAGAAACUCUGGAUAGUAGUGAACACUAUACAGUAGUGUCCUGGUAACCAUGGAUGAUACCUUCCAAGAACUACCAUGGAUGUCAGAAACUCUGGAUAGUAGUGAACACUAUACAGUAGUGUCCUGGUAACCAUGGAUGAUACCUUCCAAGAACUACCAUGGAUGUCAGAAACUCUGGAUAGUAGAGAACACUAUACAGUAGUGUCCUGGUAACCAUGGAUGAUACCUUCCAAGAACUACCAUGGAUGUCAGAAACUCUGGAUAGUAGUGAACACUAUACAGUAGUGUCCUGGUAACCAUGGAUGAUACCUUCCAAGAACUACCAUGGAUGUCAGAAACUCUGGAUAAUAGAGAACACUAUACAGUAGUGUCCUGGUAACCAUGGAUGAUACCUUCCAAGAACUACCAUGGAUGUCAGAAACUCUGGAUAGUAGUGAACACUAUACAGUAGUGUCCUGGUAACCAUGGAUGAUACCUUCCAAGAACUACCAUGGAUGUCAGAAACUCUGGAUAGUAGUGAACACUAUACAGUAGUGUCCUGGUAUCUGUGGGUGAUACCUUCCAAGAACUACCAUGGAUGUCAGAAACUUUGGAUAGUAGUGAACACUAUACAGUAGUGUCCUGGUAUCUGUGGGUGAUACCUUCCAAGAACUACCAUGGAUGUCAGAAACUCUGGAUAGUAGAGAACACUAUACAGUAGUGUCCUGGUAACCAUGGAUGAUACCUUCCAAGAACUACCAUGGAUGUCAGAAACUCUGGAUAGUAGAGAACACUAUACAGUAGUGUCCUGGUAACCAUGGAUGAUACCUUCCAAGAACUACCAUGGAUGUCAGAAACUCUGGAUAGUAGUGAACACUAUACAGUAGUGUCCUGGUAUCUGUGGGUGAUACCUUCCAAGAACUACCAUGGAUGUCAGAAACUCUGGAUAGUAGUGAACACUAUACAGUAGUGUCCUGGUAACCAUGGAUGAUACCUUCCAAGAACUACCAUGGAUGUCAGAAACUCUGGAUAGUAGUGAACACUAUACAGUAGUGUCCUGGUAUCUGUGGGUGAUACCUUCCAAGAACUACCAUGGAUGUCAGAAACUCUGGAUAGUAGUGAACACUAUACAGUAGUGUCCUGGUAACCAUGGAUGAUACCUUCCAAGAACUUCCAUGGAUGUCAGAAACUCUGGAUAGUAGUGAACACUAUACAGUAGUGUCCUGGUAACCAUGGAUGAUACCUUCCAAGAACUACCAUGGAUGUCAGAAACUCUGGAUAGUAGUGAACACUAUACAGUAGUGUCCUGGUAACCAUGGAUGAUACCUUCCAAGAACUACCAUGGAUGUCAGAAACCCUAGAUAGUAGUGAACACUACACAGUAGUGUCCUGGUAUCCAUGGGUGAUACCUUCCAAGAACUACCAUGGAUGACAGAAACCCUAGAUAGUAGUGAACACUACACAGUAGUGUCCUGGUAUCCAUGGGUGAUACCUUCCAAGGACUACCAUAGAUGUCAGAAACCCUGGAUAGUAGUGAACACUAUAUAUAUACAAGUAAUUUGGGUUUACAUAUAUAGCUAUGAUAAAGUAUAAUUGAUAAAUCACACACAAUAAGUGGAGAAUUAUCACUUUUUCAGUGAUGGGAAGAACUUGACAACUUCUCUUAGACUUUGAACAACUGUCACCAUCACUACUUAUGUGCUUUGUACCCAUUAUUAUUAAGCAAAAUUAAGGCUUAUUUUCAGGCCAUGGUAAACCACGGAUAACUGAAGCCAUGGAUACGGGGGUCCUACUAUAUGUGCAGGUGUAUGCAUGUUAAACUUAGAGGCGACAGGUGACACAUACAAUAAUAAAAAUCCGUCAUGGAUGAGUUGACGGACAUCGACAGCAACGACGCUCAAUUUUCGUGCCUUUACACACACCAUGAAUCCAGUAUAGUGUUGAAAAAAAUUUGUUGCUUUUCGAGGUAACGAACAAGGAACCGAACAUUUCGAAUGCGUCCAAGUUCAUGUGAGUUUUUCAGUUUAGUAUCAAUAUUUAAAGCAGUUCGAACUUAUUUUAACAUGUCAAGAAAUAUUCCGUACGCAGCGAAUUUCAUUAAGAUUCUGUAGAUGUUCUGUUCGUAAAUAAAGUAGGUCUUUUGUGAUAUACAAUAAUUUCAAAACCUUUUUGAAAAAAUUUCAGCUGGUCAGCACAUUUUUAUUAUAUAUAACAAGCUUUCAAAAUAAAAUUUAAAUAAC